CUCGAGCAGAAUGAAUCCCAUGGCCAAAUGCUGCCUGCUGUUCUUCCUCCUUUUGGCGGUUCUCUUGCCCGAGGCACGCGCAACUUCGUGCCACCCCGACGACCUCCUUGCGCUGCUGGACUUUGCCGGGAGCCUCAACGGCGGGGGUGUCCUCCUCCGUGUCACGUGGUCCGGUGCCGCAUGCUGCAGCUGGGAAGGCGUGGGCUGUGACGCCGCCAGCGGCCGUGUCACGGCACUACGCCUCCCCAGGCAAGGCCUCAGGGGGGCCAUCCCAGGAACCUCCCUUGCAGGCCUUGCGCAGCACGAGGAGCUCGACCUCAGCUCCAACAACUUUCACAACAUCUCAGGGCUGCUCACCGUGUUGCAUGGGUGCCAGAACCUCACCACGUUGAUUCUCACCAAGAAUUUUGGUGGUGAGGAGCUACCUGGCGAUGGUAUUAUUGGUGGGUUCAAGAGCCUCAAGGUGCUGGCCCUUGGUGAUUGUGCUCUCAAGGGCAGGAUUCCAGAAUGGUUGUCCCAAUGCAAGAAAAUGGAGGUGCUUGAUUUGUCCCGCAACCAAUUUGUCGGCACCAUUCCAUCGUGGAUUGGUCAGCUUCACCACCUUUGCUACUUGGAUCUCUCAAACAAUUCAUUGGUUGGUGAGGUACCUAAGAGUUUGACACGACUAAAGGGCUUCGCCACCGCUAGGCGUCCAGAGGGCAUGACUUUCACUAACAUGCCAUUGUAUGUGAAGCAUAACAGAAGCACACUCGGACGACGACUUAACGAGCUCCGAAAUGUCAUAACGGGGACCAACAAUGUUGUGAGAUUCGGGAGAAACAAUGUUGUAUCAGGAAACGACAAUACUGUCAUAUUUGGGGAUGAAAACACCGUAUCUGGGAACAACCAUGCGGUAUAUGGGAAUCACAACACCGUAUCUGGGAACAACCACGUCGUAUCUGGGAGCAAGCAUGUUGUAUCUGGGAGCAGGCAUGGUGUAACUGGGAGUAGCAGUGUCGUAUCUGGGUUCAACAAUGGCGUAUCUGGGAUCAACCAUGUCGUAUCUGGGAGUAACAAUAUCGUAUCUGGGAGCAGCAAUGUUGUAUCUGGGAUGAACCAUAUCGUAGUUGGGAAUAACAAAGUUGUAUCAGGGGCUUAAUUUUAUAUAUAAUUAAGCCCUUAUAUAUACAUAUUGCCUCCUCUUGAACUUCUCAACUAUCCGAGGAGUUGAGAUGAGAUUAUGUUUAGCCUUUGUAGUUUGUUUUUCUGCUACUAUCCUAGGCCAUAAGAUACUAUUCGAUAAAUAAGGUACAUAAGUUGCCACACGAGAUGUGCCUGCCUAUGCCUCGCAUAUGUUGUAAUAAUCGAAUCUUUAUGGUCCAUGUAUUGUGUACCGAGAAAUAUAUUAUGGUUUGACUGGUAUGCCAAGUUGUAUUGUGUAUCGGGAAAGACGUGAUCUCCAAGCUGGUGGUGUGUGGCAACUUAUUAUUCCUUGCCCUCUUGGAGGUGUUGUCUCUCCUUGUUUUAUAUUGUGCUUUAAUCCAUCCAUACAUCAAGGGCUUGUUCCGUUGCCUCCAUCGUUUUUUACUUUGCAUAUUUGUCUCAGUUGGGUCUGACUGAGCAGAUGUAGGGGCAAAAUUAUGUUGUGCACGUCGUUGGUAGGCUGCAAAUACGUUGGCUGCAUUGGGGAAGCAAUUUUUGUCUGGCGUUUGGUGGCCUGCAUUGGUUUAGCUGAUGCACUACGCGGUGUUUGAUUGCAUACACUGGACAUAACUAAGAGUUAACAGCUACACAUGACACACGGAGUUAGCCUCGAUGACUAUCGUGGACGGUGGUCGCAGCACCGUGUCCGACGCGAUGAGCACGGAGUCGCGGGUAGGUGAUCCCAUCGGCGGCAUGGCAAACCACUUGCUAGCGCUGUCGCCACAGGGAUAAUCCAUGAGACACAGGGAAAAUCCAU